CAGCGCGGCGGCGGCGGCGGCCGGAGCCGUGGCGGAGCGCAGCGCGGGGCAGCGCGGGUGGGUGCCGGGCCCCGCUGCGCGCUUUGUGCGCGGGGCGAUGCGGCGCGCUUAGCCGCGAGCGGCGGGGCAGGGCAGGGCAGGGCAGGGCAGCCCUCCGCCGGAAAACUCCGCGCCGCCCCCCUCCCUCCUCCUUCUUCCUCCUCCUCCUCCUCCUCCUCCUCCGCGCAGCCCCGGCGCGGGGCGAUGCCUCCCCGGGCGGCCGGCGGCGAUGGAGCGGGGCGCUAGCGCGGCGCCGAGGUGCGGAGCGGCCCCCCCGGCAGCCGGCCGCUGCCCCUGAGCAGCCGCGAGCAGCAGCGGGAGGAGGAGGAGGAGGAGGAGGAGGAAGGCCGGCGGGGUGCCUGCGCGGCGGCCAUGGAGGAGUGGAGGCAAUGCGGCCGCUGGCUCAUCGACUGCAAAGUUUUGCCCCCCAACCACCGGGUGGUGUGGCCGUCGGCGGUGGUCUUCGACCUGGCGCAGGCGCUGCGGGACGGGGUGCUGCUCUGCCAGCUGCUCCACAACCUCUCCCCGGGCUCCGUGGACCUCAAGGACAUCAACUUCAGGCCGCAGAUGUCCCAGUUUCUCUGCUUGAAGAACAUUCGAACGUUCCUGAAAGUCUGUCACGACAAAUUUGGGUUAAGAAACAGCGAUCUGUUCGAUCCCUUUGACCUCUUUGACGUACGGGAUUUUGGAAAGGUGAUAUCUGCGGUAUCCAGACUCUCCUUCCACAGUAUUGCUCAAACCAAAGGAAUUAGGCCUUUCCCUUCGGAGGAGACCACCGAAAACGACGAUGACGUCUAUCGGAGCUUGGAGGAGCUGGCGGACGAACAUGAUCUGGGGGAGGAUAUUUACGACUGCGUCCCCUGUGAAGAUGAAGGCGAUGAUAUCUACGAAGAUAUCAUCAGAGUGGAAGUUCAACAGCCCAUGAAAAUGGGAAUGACAGAAGAUGACAAAAGAAAUUGCUGUUUGCUAGAAAUUCAAGAAACUGAGGCCAAAUACUACAAAACGCUUGAAGAUAUAGAAAAGAACUACAUGAACCCGCUGAAGCUGGUACUGACUCCCCAGGAGAUGGAAGCUAUUUUUAUCAAUUUGGAGGACCUAAUUAAAGUGCACUUCAAUUUCCUGAGAGCCAUCGAUGUCUCGAUGAUGUCUGGAGGAAGCAGCCUGGCAAAAGUGUUUCUGGAAUUCAAGGAAAGGCUCCUGAUUUAUGGCAAGUACUGCAGCCACAUGGAGUACGCCCAGAACACCCUGAACCACCUCCUCGCCAACAGGGAGGACGUGCGGCAGAAAGUGGAGGAAUGCACGCUGAAGGUUCAGGAUGGGAAAUUCAAACUGCAAGAUUUGCUGGUGGUUCCAAUGCAGCGAGUUUUGAAAUAUCAUCUCCUGUUAAAAGAGCUGCUCAGCCACUCGUCCGACCGGCCGGAAAAGCAGCAGCUCAAGGAAGCCCUGGAGGCGAUGCAGGACUUGGCCAUGUACAUAAAUGAAGUAAAGAGAGACAAAGAGACUUUAAAGAAAAUAAGUGAAUUUCAGAGCUCUAUAGAAAAUCUGCAAGUGAAGCUGGAGGAAUUUGGGAGGCCGAAGAUAGACGGUGAACUGAAGGUUCGCUCCAUAGUAAACCAUACGAAGCAGGACAGGUAUUUAUUUUUAUUUGAUAAAGUGGUGAUCGUCUGCAAAAGGAAAGGAUACAAUUAUGAGCUGAAAGAAAUUAUUGAGCUGCUCUUCCACAAGAUGACUGACGAUCCUAUGAACAACAAGGACAUUAAAAAGUGGUCGUACGGCUUCUACCUAAUUCACCUCCAAGGAAAGCAGGGCUUCCAGUUCUUCUGCAAGACGGAAGAAAUGAAGAGGAAGUGGAUGGAGCAGUUCGAAAUGGCAAUGUCCAACAUAAAGCCAGAGAAAGCCAAUGCAAAUCACCAUAGCUUUCAGAUGUACACGUUCGAGAAGACUACCAACUGCAAAGCAUGCAAGAUGUUCCUGAGAGGGACGUUCUACCAGGGCUAUCUUUGCCCAAAAUGUGGAGCAGGCGCUCAUAAGGAAUGCCUGGAAAUCAUUCCCCCCUGCAAGAUUGGUUCUUCAGCAGACCAGGAGUCCCUGGGCGCCGGACCUGGGCCUAAAAUGGUGGCGGUUCAGAAUUACCAUGGUAACCCCGCGCCUCCCGGGAAGCCGGUGCUCACGUUUCAAACCGGAGAUGUGAUCGAGCUGCUGAGGGGGGACCCGGACUCGCAGUGGUGGGAGGGGAGGUUGCUGCAGACGAAGAAGUCGGGCUAUUUUCCCAGCUCAUCGGUAAAGCCCUGUCCUGUUGAUGCAAGGCCUCCCAACAGCCGGCCUCCGUCGAGAGAGAUAGACUACACGGCGUACCCUUGGUUUGCAGGGAACAUGGAGCGGCAGCAGACGGACAAUUUGCUGAAGUCCCACGUGAGCGGCACUUACCUGAUUCGAGAGAGGCCGGCAGAGGCUGAGCGCUUUGCAAUCAGUAUUAAGUUUAAUGAGGAAGUGAAGCACAUUAAGGUGGUGGAGAAGGACAACUGGAUUCACAUCACAGAAGCCAAAAAAUUUGAAAGCCUUCUGGAGCUGGUUGAAUACUACCAGAGCCACUCACUGAAAGAGAGUUUCAAACAGCUGGACACAACAUUAAAAUACCCGUACAAAUCUCGGGAACGUUCUACCUCCAGGACCUUCACCCGCUCUCCAGUAUUCACCCCACGAGUCGUAGGGACGGCGGUGGCACGAUACAACUUUGCAGCACGGGACAUGCGGGAGCUCUCCCUGCGAGAGGGCGACGUGGUGAAGAUCUACAGCAGGAUAGGCGGCGACCAGGGAUGGUGGAAGGGGGAGACCAACGGCAGAGUUGGUUGGUUUCCCUCAACAUACGUGGAGGAGGAGGGUGUGCAAUGAUGGUGGAGAUGUCUGGUGAAGAGUCAUCGAGUGCCCAGAACGAGCCGCUGCAGACCGUGCACAGUUGUCCCGACACCCAAGGCUCCAAGUGAAACAGUCGGACGUCUCCCAGUACUGCCGAGAGCAACACGUCUCUUGCAGACUCUUUAGCAAUCAGUUCCUCUGUACAGUGUGUGUGUGUGCGCGUGCAUCGGGGGUUGCCGCUGGCCUUGGUUGUGUUACUUGUAUAGAAGAUUCAUGGUCUAUCAGAUAACGUUUGUGUAGCAGCUGCAGAAGAGUCCUGGGAAAGGCACGCUCCCCCGCAUGGACAGAGCUGAAAGACUCUAUGCAGUGACCGCCAGAGGAUGGUGUCCAAACUCGUUCGUGUUUUAAAAUCCGCCGUGGUGUUGGUGGGAGGGUGAAGCUGAAGGUUUGCUCCCGGGCUGGUGCCCGGGGGUGCGAAGGUGAGCGUUUUCAGAUCUCCAAGGAGAGGGAGCGAUGCAGCCCCUGCUGCGAGGAAACGCAGUCUCCCGCCUGCCAAGCUGCCUCGCCUGCUGCUCAGACGGACUCCCCCGGACGACGAUUUUGGUAGUCUAAUUGGUAGGCUGAGCAGCAGCACCCAGCGCCACUGCUCUCUGGCUGGGGUGAGAGAGCAGCGCGGGGACACCCGUCCUUGGAACAAGGAAAUGGCUGUUUGUUAUUUCUGUACGGAUGCCAGCUGCAAAACAAGGAGCGGUUUUGACCAGCAGACAUAGGCUGGAAGUGGAACUCCAGGUCCCAGCAGGGCAGGAAAAAACCUCUUUGGCAUCCCAAGCCCAUUUUCUUUAAAACUACCUUUAGUCCCGUUAGACUUGCUCAGGGUGGAGGGGACAGCCCUGGAUGCUGACUGGUCCCACUGGUUAGCAGGAGGUCUCAUCACGUUGCGGGACCGGGAAGCAUGCCUUGCCAAGCAAGGGUUUUGGAAGCCACCUGAGCACCAGGUACGCACGCAGGAGUGGACAAGGGCGUGCAUCUGCAGGUCCGCCAUGCCGCUGCUCCCAGCUUAUCGUGAACGUGAGCAGCCUGGGCCGAGGUGAUUGCCUUUUCCUGCAGCUGUUAGAAGUCCCACCUCACCAAGCUCAGUGGGGCGAACCCAUGUAAGGGCUACAGUAUCACAUCCCGAUUUAUCUCAGUAGGUUGUGAAAGCAUCUCUUCUUCCCCAUCUGUAUGCACUUUUGGGGGUUGUGAGCAUUGCCCCUUCUUUUCCUCCCACUGGUUGUUACCUGCUGCUGUUGCUGUAAAGGAGAUGAUCCGUCUCUCUUUGCAUUGCCACUUUGUCCCGAGUACUGUCCUUCUGAGUUUGUUGCUUUCCAAGUUGCGACCCCCUGUAGCAGAUAGGCAGAGCUGUCGGGUGGGAAUCCAGGCCAAGUGACUCCUGCCAGGCACUGGCUUUGCUCUCCAGCUCCAUGAUUUCCUUCCAAAGUGCUCUGUUUCAAACAAAUGUGUGUGUGUGCGAGGAACAGCUUUCCUCUAUCCUAUUUUCAAGCCCUCAGAAAUGCCCUCCGGUCAUUUCGAAUAAGUACCCUUUGGAGCUGGUGCUUCCAUGCCCUGAAGUUGUUCCCCAGCCAAACAGGCCUUGGGGCUCACCGGGGCCUUGCUGUGGGGCGCUGAGUCUCCGAGCCGGAUUGUUGGCAUUGUGCUGGUGCCCGUCCGGGGACGCUGACGUUGUCCAGGCUGGUGACAUUGGCCGCACCCGCAUCUCCGGAGCAGCCCUGGGUCUCUGACACCAGGAUGCCAAGACUUCCUGCAAAUGGAAGAGCAGUGGCCUGCUCAGGAUAUUAAAGAGGAGAGUUUGGGGCUGUUGGUGAAAAGGGAAACAUUAACUUUGAAGAUAAAUUUUGUUGCCCAGUGACAAGCCCUAAGCCCCGUCGCUUUGCUGCGCUUUGCUCCUCAACAGGGCCUGGAGUCGAGCGAGUGCCCCGGUGCUCCACGAUUCCUGGGGCCGCGGCUGCCGGUGAAGCUCCUGAGUUGUGCUGUAUCAUGGGGAUAUGUCGCAUUGCAAGCGUUUAGGCUGUACCCAGCAUAUGGCCGGGGGAAAUUCCCGCUGUGCAUUUUGCUCUGCAAAGCGAUGGUGAGUGGCUCUACCAAGGUACUGUUUGGUGCUAAUCUCUUCCAGGCCAAGCCAAUACGACUGUCUCGGUGCUCGCUUGGGAUAUUUUAAAGGGAUCCAGUUGGCAGAAGUAGCUGAACCAUUUGUGCUCUGGAAGGGAAAACUCUUGGGGUGUAGCAAGCAAGGAGCUCAGAAAUCCCCUGCUCUCUUCUGCCCAAGCCGAAGGGCUUUGCUUCUGCUUCUUUGCUUUUGUUUUGUGUAGUUUUGGUGUAGCUGAGGGCAUAUUUGAGGCGGACCAGACGCACACACACACACACGGAAAAACUCGCAGCGGUUCACAUAUGCCUCAGAUACUGCUAAAGCCUUAUGUGACCCUCCUGUUUAAAACACCUCAUUUUCCAGACUUUCUCGUGGCAGCGAGGGCAUCCCCUCUCGAAGAGCGUGCACAUCUCUGUCGCAGGAGAUGAGGAGCCAUCUCUCUUCCUUAGACCCUGUAGUGUGUCUAGUACCAGUUACCGAACUGUGUGAUAGAUGCAGUAGCUGCCUAUAAGUGAUGAGCGACUCCCCCCCAGUGCCCAGCCAAGUCAGUCAUUCCUCAGAAAAGAUCUCUCUUGUGUUUACUGUUGUAAGAAACUUGUUAAAAAAGAUUGUUUUGUUUGUAAGUAAUUAUUCAACCAUUUGCCACAAUAUAUAUCUGUGAAUAAGAAGGGAAAUGUUUUUUAUGACGGUGAGAAAAUUGUAUAUAUAUUUUAGUUCAUCGCAGAACAUUCAAAAUUGCAAUGGAAUACGUUGGAAAAUAAUAUGUAAAUUCCUUGGGUUUUUCCUUUGCACUGCACUAACUGGGGUAGAGUGGGGUUGGGUGGAGGGGAUUUAAAGAUAAAACUGUUUGUUUAUGGAAUAGUUUAUAGCUGGGAAUUUGGAAAUCAUUUGGAAUAGCUUGUAAUGCUGGAAUAGAAACUUUAGCUGCUACUUAGAAACCCCUUUGCAUGUGGUUUUUCCAGAUCUUUUUAAGUUACAAUGCAUCAGAGUAAAUUCCACAACAAAAAAAAAAAGUGUAAUUUUGCUGAUAGGUUUUUUCCAACCAUGGUUUUUACUGCCAAUAAACAUGCAUUCUUUCCUGCCUAAA